CAUCCUGAGAGGAGGAGGAGGCCUAGGAGAGGCAUCCUGCACCGGCGGAGCAACCCAAGGACAACGCAGCCUCAAGACCAAAUCUCCGCUGUUGCGCAUCAGUGCCGGCACAACGAUCUACCCUGGAACAUACGAAAGUUUCUGAAGAACCAGCUAAGGGAGUUCAGGUUUGAUGACCUGAGGGACACUCAUCCUUGGUCACGAAGCGCCUGGAGCCAUACAGAUCUCAGGAGAUUAAAGGAAGGCAUGGUUGCAGCGCAGUUUUGGUCCGCAUAUGUUCCCUGCUCGUCACAGCAUCUCGACUCGGUGCAGUUGGCCCUGGAACAAAUAGAUCUCAUUCGCCGAUUGGUUAACAAGCAUCAGGAAAAUAUGGUUCUCGUUACUACAGCGGAAGGUAUCGAGAAGGCGCACAAAGAACAUAGAUUAGCGAGUCUGAUAGGGGUCGAAGGGGGCCACGCUGUCGGAGCGAGUCUGGCAGUCUUGAGGAUGCUGUACGAGCUGGGCGCCAGAUAUCUCACCCUCACGCACACGUGCAACACGCCUUGGGCAGACUGCAGCACGGCGGAUGAACCCGGUCAAGUGCCUCAAAUCGGUGGUCUCUCGAAUUUCGGCAAGAGUGUCGUGUUGGAGAUGAAUCGACUUGGGAUGAUGGUGGACCUCUCCCACGUCUCGGUGCCAACAAUGUUGGACGCCAUGGCGACAUCGAGAGCGCCGGUGAUUUUCAGUCACAGCAGCGCUCACGCUCUUUGCAAUUCCUCGCGAAAUGUGCCUGACCACGCGCUGCAAACUUUGGCGCAGACCGGUGGUAUAGUUAUGGUAUCCUUUUAUCCCCAUUUUAUCAGCUGUGGCGAAAAAUCGACGCUCCAGGAUGUAGCAGCACACAUCGAUCACGUGCGCAAGAUCGCCGGGGUGGAUCACGUCGGCAUCGGAGCUGGAUACGACGGGAUUAAUUUGACACCAACGGGUCUGGAGGAUGUCAGCAAGUAUCCAGAGCUCUUUGCGGAAUUGCUAGCGCGUAACUGGUCGGAGAGAGACAUCCAGAAACUGGCUGGUCUGAAUCUUAUACGGGUGUUCAAGGCGGUGGAAAAGAUUCGUGACGAACUGGCCUCGAAGGGGAUGGAGCCGCUGGAGGAGGAGAUCCCGCAUGAGGACAUAAUCGGUCGCGAGUACUGCCGUUAUAAAAUAAAAAAUCUGAUGGCACCUUAAGCUGUCGGAAUCCUCUCUUGGCAAACGCCAACGUAACGUAAACGAUCGAACGAUCGGAAACACAGAGAGGACGAAAAAAAGAGAAAAGAGAGAGGGAGAGGGAAAGAAGCAAUCGAGAGAAAAAGUUCACUGUCCCUGCAAAAAUAAAACUCACCCUUUGUAUCUUUACCUCCAAUUUCGCGAUUCCUCGCAUCUCUCAAAGACGAUGUUCGCUGCACUUACAUAUAUGCACGUACCAUCUUCCCCCUCUCUCUCUCUCUCUCUCUCUCUUAAUCCUUUCGACUCUCCUCAACAUUACCCAAGAUUCUCAUCUUUGUACGUAAGUAGAUAGAUAAACUCGAUUUCCGCCAGAGAUCCUGAAGCCCUGAGAUGCGAAUGUUCGCGAAGGAUAUCAAGACGGCCAGUGAAACGUUUAGUACCGUGACUAGAGACAUCAAGACCCAAAUAAAAAUUGCAAUUAAAUCAAUCACUAUUAAAUUAUUUUUAGAUAAAAUAAUGUCUAACUUGCAAGUUUUACUUUCGUCUUUUAAUUUCUAUUUAUAUCGAUCUCUU